AUGCGAACGAGCGACGCGGUCUCCUUGCCGACCUCGCCAGUUCUGCAACCGACCCGCGACGACGAUGCUUCGCCAACAUUGAACCCCGAACUCGUUCACAGUCUGAAGCACGGCAGUACGGUGCUGGCUCUGGCCGUCAGCCCAGGGCACGACCGGAUCUAUGCUGGCACACAAGAUGGGGAGAUUGUAACAUGGUCCUUGGCCACCUUCCAGCCGCUCAGUACGAUACAAGCGCACAAGAGGAGCGUACUGUCGCUGUUCCUGUCACCCUGCGCCUCUCUGCUCUUCUCGAGUGCGGGCGAUCCCAUCAUCAACGUCUGGUGCCCCAAGACCUUGACGCGCCUGUACGAGAUUUACAGCACCCACGAUGUUGGCGACAUCUUUUGCCUGGCGUAUAGCCCGCAAUACGACACCCUAUUUCUUGGGGCGCAGAACUCGACGAUUCAAUGGGUCAGCCUGAAAGACCCUGCCGCGCGCGUGGCCCCCGAAUCGCAGCGACAUCCGGACCGCCGAAAUCACCGAUUCUUCGAUUCGAAAGCCGUGGGCGGAACAAGCACGCCGAGACGCAACAACAGGAGGUCUGAUUUCUUUCCGCAAGCCAAGGCGACUCUCGAGAUUGACAGUGGGUCACUUCGAAACUUUGCUCACCAGGGCUACAUCUACUGCAUGCUCAUGAGCAAGGGCCCAACAGUGGAGGUGAACUCAGACGAGGACGUACUGAUAUCAGGAGGCGGAGAUGGCACGAUCAAGCUGUGGGAUCUGACCUCGACGUCAGACGGCGAUCAACCGACCAUUGAGGAGAUCAUGACGCUCGGAUCCGACGACGGCGAGUCGAUCCUCUCGCUGGCCAUUGACGGAUCUUUCCUGUACGCAGGCAAGUUGGAUGGCAUCGUCGAAUUGUGGGACCUGGACACCACUCAGAAAUUGCGCGUGAUCAAAGCGCACCAGUACGACAUUAUGUCCUUGCAGAUGGGCUGGGGCUACCUGUGGACGGCCGCGUCCAACGGGUGGGCGAGCAAAUACAGCACCGCGCACUACGGGCAGUACCGCCACGCAGCAUCUUCGAGCAACGUGAGCCAAAAGUAUCAAUGUCUGGCCAAGUGGGAGGCCCACAAAGGCAAGAUCCUAGCGUCUGCGGUAACAGAGUACCACAACGCCCAGUACUUUAUUACGGGAGCCAAUGACGACUCCAUAUCAAUAUGGACUUUCAAAGAUGCCGCCUGCUCCACUGCACAGGCAAGCGAAGCUAGCACUGAUGUGUUGCUCUCUACGCUGAAGGAUUUCGUGUCGUAUAAAAGCGUCUCGUCACGACCUGAAUAUGCUGAGGACUGCCGAAAAGGGGCGACAUUCCUUGGCGCUUUGUUCAAGCGGCUAGGCGGUCAAGUGGACUUACUGAGCACAAACAAUGCGCACAAUCCCGUGGUCUACGCCCGUUUCGCGGGCAAGAAGGAAACCGCAGAGAAGCGCAAGAAGAUUCUCUUCUACGGGCACUACGAUGUUGUGGCCGCAGACAACAAAAACGGUACGUGGGAGAACGACCCGUUCACAAUGAUCGGAACGAAUGGCUACCUUUACGGCCGUGGUGUGAGUGAUAACAAGGGGCCCAUUCUGGCCGCCCUCUAUGCUGUCACCGACCUCAUGCAAGCCCAGAAGUUGAAGAACGACGUCAUCUUCCUCAUUGAGGGUGAGGAGGAGUCUGGCUCGAGGGGCUUUGAGGACAUUGUGCACAGCCACAAGGAGCUCAUUGGCGACAUCGACUACAUCCUGUUGGCGAACAGUUACUGGCUGGACGAUGCAGUGCCGUGCUUGACGUAUGGCCUCCGAGGCGUCCUACAUGCCACAGUGUGCGUCGACUCGCCGCGUCCGGACAUCCACUCGGGCGUGGACGGGUCGCACAUGAUGGACGAGCCCCUGACAGAUCUCACGUGCUUGUUGUCCAAACUCAAAGGGCGGGGGAACCACGUCCAGAUCCGAGGAUUCUACGACGGCAUUCCCCAAUUGACAGCUGACGAGGACGCCCGGUACGACGACAUUGUAUCCAUCCUCAUGCGGCGUGACCCUGAGAAUACAUCAGAGCAAAAGCUAAAGCAGUCGCUUAUGGCGCGAUGGCGCGAGCCCAAUCUCACGGUUCAUCGCUACAAAGUGUCAGGUCCGGACGGCAGUCUGAUCAGCAGCCACGCGAGCGCGCACAUUAGCGUGCGGCUCGUGCCUGGGCAAGAAGUGGACGACAUUGCCCGCAAGCUCACCGAGUUCCUCGAGCAGGAGUUUGCCGCGCUGGAAUCGCAGAAUUGGCUACGCGUCACCGUGGACAACAAGGCCGAGCCGUGGCUUGGCGAUCCGACCAACGAUAUCUUCCAGACACUGGAGCAAGCUAUUGUGGAAGCUUGGCCUUCGUCCUUUGACGAUGCUGCGUCUGGCAAUGGUUCAAAACCGAGGAGGCCCUUGUACAUCCGCGAGGGUGGCUCGAUCCCGACGAUUCGGUUCCUAGAGAAGGAGUUUGAGGCGCCCGCGGCACAUUUGCCGUGUGGACAGGCUAGUGAUUCGGCGCAUUUGGACAAUGAGCGGAUGAAUAUGGUGAAUCUGCUCAAGGCGCGCGAAAUCUUUGGGAAGGUGUUUGAGAGGCUGUAA